AUGACUGGCUUCCUUAGGCCUGAAGCCCAGAUGUGGGAUCUUCUGUUUGCAGGGACAGGAGCAGAACUUGGGGAAAAUCAGGGUGAAGAAGGGGAAUACAGUGAAGAGGAAAACUCCAAAGUGGAGCUGAAAUCAGAAGCCAAUGAUGCUGCUAAUUGUUCAGCAAAAGAAGAGAAGGGAGAAGAAAAGCCUGACACCAAAGGCACUGUAACUGGAGAGAGGCAGAGUGGGGAUGGACAGGAGAGCACAGAGCCUGUGGAGAACAAAGUGGGUAAAAAAGGCCCUAAGCAUUUGGAUGAUGAUGAGGAUCGGAAGAACCCACAUGGCUGUUCCGUGAGGAAAGGGCUCUUGAGGCCAUGUUCCUUCCCAGGCAAAACCAGGUAGAGGGAGAGUGCAAAACCCAAAGGGAGACAGCGAAAGCUAUGGAAGGAUGAGGGUCGCUGGGAGCAUGAUAAGUUCCGGGAAGAUGAACAGGCUCCAAAGUCUCGACAGGAGCUAAUUGCUCUUUAUGGCUAUGACAUCCGCUCAGCUCACAAUCCUGAUGACAUCAAACCCCGAAGAAUCCGGAAACCCAGGUUUGGGAGUCCUCCGCAAAGAGAUCCAAACUGGAUUGUUGAGCGACCAAACAAGUCCCAUCGCCAUCAGGGUCCUGGGGGCACCCUACCACCAAGGACAUUUAUUAACAGAAAUGCUGCAGGUACUGGCCGGAUGUCUGCUCCCAGGAAUUACUCUCGAUCUGGGGGCUUCAAGGAAGGUCGUGCUGGUUUUAGGCCUGUGGAUGCUGGUGGGCAGCAUGGUGGCCGAUCUGGUGAGACUGUUAAACAUGAAGCCAGUUACCGGUCACGGCGCCUAGAGCAGACUCCUGUGAGGGAUCCAUCUCCAGAAGCUGAUGCUCAAGUGCUUGGCAGUCCUGAGAAGGAAGAGGCAGCCUCAGAGAUUCCAGCUGCUGCUCCUGAUGCUGCACCACCAGCCCCUGACAGGCCUAUUGAGAAGAAAUCCUAUUCCCGGGCAAGAAGAACGAGAAUCAAAGCUGGAGAUGCAGUCAAGGUUGCAGAGGAGGUGCCCCCUCCACCUGAAGGGCUGAACCCAGCGCCUCCAGUCCCAGAAACUACCCCUUCUCCACCUGCUAAGACUGGAGCCUGGGAGGCUCCAGUGGAUUCAACUACAAGUGGACUUGAGCAAGAUGUGGCACAACUAAAUAUAACAGAACAGAAUUGGAGUCCAGGGCAGCCUUCGUUCCUACAGCCACGUGAGCUUCGGGAUGAAGGGCCCCAGCUCGGCCUCCGCGCUGAGAAGGCAGAGAGCCGCUGCCACCGCCUCCAGCGCUACCGCUGCAGCUCCCGCCGCCCCGCGCCGGGGAGCCGCCGCUGUCUGAGCCCGAUGCGCCAGACUCCUCGUCCUCCGUGUCCUGCGAAGCGCGCUGCCGCCGACGAUCCGCCAUUUUACGGAGAACGGCCGCCGCCGGCCAGCUCCUUACGUACCGCGCCCGUCGCAGGGGCUGCCGGGAGGCUUGAGAGCUAG